AUGACUGACAUAACAAUAUCGUUUUUGGUGGACCGCGAGAAGCAAGGAGGCGUUAUGGAGAGUUGGUACAAAUUGUACACAUGGGUGAAUUACACCGUGCUGAUGCUGCUGUUGCAGAUUUUUUGGAAGAUUAGCCAAAUAUCCAACUAUUUUAAACAAAAACCAAUCGAAGACGGAAAAACAGAAAGGACAUUCGUUUUGACACCUCUCACAAGGGACUACAAAUUCAGAAGACAUAUACGCUCGAUGUCCGACGUCCAAAGCAGUACACCAUACAGACUGCCCUUCAGGGCGAAGAAUAACUUGAUGCUAACCUACGAUUCUGACACAAGAACCAGAAGAACUUACAACAGAUACGAUUCUUCAGACUCCAGCGACUACAUGUGUAAAGCGUUCACUGAUUUUCCCAACGCUAAACUAUGUCUGGAAAAUGCGGAUAUUAAUAAGAUAGUACCAAAAAUACCACAGAUAGAAAAUCAGCGCAGAGGUGCCUAUCGAUUUAGUCUGUGGAAUAAAAAGAUUGACAGCGACUGGGACCAGCGCGACAUUCCAUCAAGUUUAAUUGUGAAUGUAUUAAAAAUGAAGAUAUUAGCAAUUUUAUUUAUUUUAAAGCUUAUAAACGCGGAUCCGACGCCGAUAGUGUUAUGGCAUGGAAUGGGUGACACUUGUUGUUUUUCAUUCAGUUUGGGCUCAUUCAAAAUAUUUCUCGAAGAUCAAAUCCCAGACGUUUAUGUGCAUUCUUUGAGGAUCGGGGAUUCUAUCAUAGAGGACAUGGAAAAUGGCUACUUCAUGAGUCCAAAUAAGCAAGUGGACUAUGUCUGUGAUAAAAUUUCCAACGAUCGGAAACUACGGCAUGGAUUCCACGCUAUAGGUUUUUCACAGGGCUGUCAGUUCUUCCGCGCUGUAAUUCAGCGCUGCGGUCACAAAUUACCACAAGUAAAGAACUUCAUAAGCCUUGGAGGGCAGCAUCAAGGAGUUUACGGGCUGCCCCACUGUGGUGCCCUGCAGCACCAAAGUUGUGAUUAUAUCAGGAAACUGCUAAAUUACGCCGCAUAUUAUAG